AUGUUCACCUCGUCUGACACGAAUUUACCCGAUUUGGAUUUUGAAUUUAUCGACGAAUUACAACAAAAUCAACCAUUCAACGGAGGAAUGUUUAAAGAAUUAUUAUCAACAUCAUCACCAGCGUCAACUUAUAGAAUUGUCAAACCUAUUAAUAAUAAUAAACGUGGUGGAGCAAUUCAAUUGAGAAGACAAUUGACUGAUGAUAGCACAGGAAAACCACGUACACCACCCAAUUCUACUGGAACUAGUUUGUCACCAUUAUCAACUUCAUAUAUAAGUCGACUUUCAUCAAAUGAUAAUAGUCCGAUCAGAACAGCAAAUACAAUGCGUAUGUCAUCACCAGCAACUAAUAAUAUUAAUAAUAAUGGACUUUCAUCGUCAGCAAAACAAGUAGAUGCAGUUACUUUAUUACUGAAACAAACAAUUGCACCUGCACAACUUAUACAGAGUGUUCAAACUCGUCUUGAAAAUCCAACAAGAUAUCAUCUUGAACAAAUGUGUCGUAGACAAACUUUAGUAGCCGAUGAUUUAUCUUCUACGCAUACAAAUAUGUUACCACAAUCACAUCAACAACAACAAGAAGAAUCAUCACCAGAUAGUGAAUUAACUUCUGAAAUGGAUGAUCAACUUAAUGAUGAUACAACAUGUGGAAGUAUUGAUAGUGCAUCGCAUGGAAUAAGCAUAUCACAUCGAUUAUCAACACCCAUUACUGGUGAUCAUGCUGGUUCAGUAUAUCUUUCAUCGUCAAUAUCAAAAGAUUCCAAUGAUAGUAGUAAUCAUCAUUCAUCAUCAUGUCCAACAAAUAUUUUAAGUGCAAAAGCAAAAAUUGGUUUACCAUUGACUGAUGAUGAAAUGCGUCUUGUUAUACGUGAUCGUCAAAAAAAAGAUAAUCAUAAUAUGAUUGAACGUCGUCGUCGAUUUAAUAUUAAUGAUCGUAUUAAAGAACUUGGAACAUUAUUACCUAAAGGAACUGAAUUAGAUCUUAAACAAAAUAAAGGUACAAUAUUACGUGCAUCAGUUGAUUAUAUAAAAAUUUUACGUCGUCAAUAUGAUAAUAUAUCAUUAGUUGAAGAAAAAUGUCAAUUACUUAAUGAACAUAAUUUAGCAUUACAAGAACGAGUUCGAGAAUUAGAGAAAAAAUGUUUAAUAAAUGGUAUUCCAGUAAAUUCACCAAGAAAAAGUUCAUCAGCAAUAUCAGUAACACAAUCAAAUAUGAUUAAAGAAGAACCAUCAUCAGUAUCAUCAUCAUUUAAUAAUGCAACUAAUCCUAUAGUACCACCUUCAACACCCAUAUAUGCUACUUUUGAUUCAUAUCCAACGCUUGAUUCAUUAUCAGUAUUUCGUCUUGUCGAUGAUGAUAGUAAUGAUAAAAUAAGUGUUAGCGGAAAUACAAAUAAUAAUAAUAUUGAUCCGUUAUCUCCACUUGGUGGUCACGAUCCAUUUUUAUCUUCCGUAUCAUUUGGUUAUGAUAAUGAAAUGGAUAUUGGAGGAAUUUUUCCGUGA